CACUAAACUCACUUCGCUCACCGUCAUUCACAACUCGUGCUUUUUUUCACAAGCCUCUCUUUCUCUCUCUCUCUCUCUCUCUGAGAUAUUAGGGUUUUUCUCUCUCUGAAACCGUCACGAAAAUUCCAGUCCCUCGAGCUGGGUUCUCGAAGAUUCUUCGCAUCGCAAUCUCUGAAGUUCCGGAUCGAAGAGAGAGCUUCGUCUUCGACCGAACUCUGUGCGAGCUUUACUCAAUUUUUUUUUUUCCUGAGCUCAGCGUUUGCAGCUGAGAAUUCGCGGUGAGAACGGAUUAAGAGUUUUCAUCUGGUUUGGGUGAAGAAGAGUGAUGAUAGAGAAAUGGCGUUAAAGGUUCCAGCUCCUGAAGCUGCUGAGAUUGCAAUUGGGUCCAUUGGGCGUGGGUACGAUAUAUCAGUAGAUCUAAGGCUUAAGUAUUGCAAAGGGGAUUCAAAGGAGUCCCGGUUGAUUGAGAUCGAUGAAGAUGAGGGUCGCGAGAUUAUUUUGCCUGGUGGGAUUUUUAUCCCAAAAGUCUCCAAAUCAAUCAAAUGCGAUAAAGGGGAACGCACGAGGUUCAAGUCAGAUGCUCUAUCUUUCCAACAGAUGUCAGAGCAGUUCAACCAGGAAAUGAAUUUGACUGGCAAAAUUCCUUCGGGCCUCUUCAAUACCAUGUUCGAAUUCUCAGGUAGUUGGCAGAAAGAUGCAGCCAACACGAAGACCCUUGCUUUUGAUGGGGUGUUCAUCACGCUAUAUACAGUUGCAUUGGAGAAAUCUCAGACGGUACUCUGUGAUCAUGUUAAGAAAGCAGUCCCCUCAUCAUGGGAACCUGCUGCACUGGCAAGAUUUAUUGAGACAUUUGGUACCCAUAUUAUUGUUGGAGUGAAGAUGGGAGGGAAGGAUGUAAUAUAUAUGAAGCAGCAGCAUUCAUCAACUCUUCAACCUGCUGAUGUGCAAAAAAGAUUGAAAGAGAUGGCAGAUAAAAGGUUUUUAGAUUCAAAUGGGCAAAAUGGCAUGGCUAUGGAACAAGUUUACCAGAAUGAAAAGUUUGAAAUCAGAGAGCAGCGGCUGAGGUUUGUAGGCAUCAGUCCAUCAAGUUCUUAUUCACACAAGGAGGAUAUUGUAAGCAUAUGCAAGAGGAGAGGUGGAGGUGAUAAUAGGCACCUACCUCAUAAUGAUUGGUUGCAAACUGUCCAGUCUGAGCCUGAAGUGAUCUCAAUGUCCUUCAUCCCAGUUACGUCUCUAUUGAAUGGAAUACCAGGGAGUGGAUUCUUGAGCCAUGCCAUAAAUCUUUAUUUACGAUAUAAACCUCCAAUUGAGGAGCUCCACCAAUUUUUGGAAUUUCAGCUACCCAGGCAGUGGGCACCUGUGUUCAGUGAUCUUCCGCUUGGUCCACAACGGAAACAACAGAGCAAUGCAUCUUUGCAGUUUAGCUUUUUGGGACCCAAGCUUUAUGUGAACACCUUACCGGUUGAUGUAGGUAAGAGGCCAGUGACUGGCCUCCGCCUUUAUCUAGAAGGUAAAAGGAGUAACCGUCUGGCUAUCCACUUGCAACACCUCUCAUCUCUUCCCAAAAUCUUCCAACUUGAAGAUGAUCCCAGUGGAAACUUCCGCCAAGAGUCCAAUGAUCGUAAAUACUACGAGAAAGUUCAAUGGAAGAACUUCUCUCAUAUCUGCACUGCUCCUGUGGAGUCCGACGAGGAUCUUUCAAUAGUAACUGGAGCCCAAUUACAGGUUGAAAACUAUGGGUUUAAAAAAAUUCUUUUCCUGAGACUCCGUUUCUCGAAUGUUUUGGGAGCUACAGUUGUAAAACAUCCUGAGUGGGAUGGAUCUCCAGGGUUGGCUCCUAAAUCUGGACUUAUUUCAACACUAAUCAGCCAUCAUUUCACAACAGUUCAGAAGCCACCUCCGCGGCCAGCUGAUGUGAAUAUAAACUCUGCCAUUUACCCAGGAGGCCCUCCAGUACCCGUCCAAGCUCCCAAGCUUCUGAAAUUUGUUGAUACGACAGAAAUGACAAGGGGGCCACAAGAAACUCCCGGCUAUUGGGUUGUCUCUGGGGCUAGACUUGUUGUGGAGAAGGGCAGGAUUUCGCUCAGGGUUAAGUAUUCUUUAUUAACUGUUAUAUUACCUGAUGAUGAUGAUGAUGAUGUGGAGGAGCUAUAGCUGAUUCUUUUGUUCUUUUCGGUUUUUUGCCUUUUUGGGCUUCCCUUGAAAAGCCGAAAAAGGGGUUGGGAUUCAAAGGUGGAUAAAAUGAAAAGAUUGAGAUUUAGAGAUGGAGUUACAGUGAAACAUAGGUAGUGUCAAGUAUGUAUUGAAACCAAAAUCAUUUAUUGUGAGAAUAGAUGGAGUUCAAGAGAAGUGAGGCGGAGGGGUUAAAGCAUGAAAGUUAAAAGUCGACAGGUGAGGUCGCUGUUGUAUCAAUCUGUAUUUGUCUUAAUAUUUCCACCUAUGAUGUGAGUUGGCUUUUCAAUCUAGAUUCAUACUGCAAUAUAGCAGUGGCGUUAUAACAUGCUUAACAGCUCAAUGUUCAAUCUUGGGUGUUGCAGAAGUUGCUGCCAUUGGUGUUCAUUGAGUCUGUUAAAGCCCAGGUUCAUGCGGGUAGGUUUGUUUAAAUGAAAGGAAAAAAAAAAAAGAAGGUAAAAAUCACCAAUCAAUGUGGAUAGCACUGAACAAAAUGGAAUUUUUGUCGAAGGGUCACAUUUAGCUUUGCAAGGUCUCUAUUUUCGGUUGCUAGAUAAGGAGGGGAUUCGAAGCCCAUUCAUAGUCACUGUCCUAUACUAAGAAGGAGGUGGAUAUGAUGCCACUUAGGCCCUUUAUUUUUUUGGUUCGAUCCUCUCACCCAAAAACAUGGACAGGCGCAAAUGGAGACAGGUAGCAAGGUCCCCUCUCUUCUUUAGGAUCAAUAAAAUGUCUUCAGGACGACGCUUGUUUUGCUCGAUAAUGUUAGAACAAGCAUCUUUGAUGGUUGCAUCAACAUCAACUGCUUUCCGACCCUUUAUCUCUUUUGGAGAAGGGUGCCUGCUUCCACUCUAUCUUCAACUUCAAUAUUAUGGGCUUUGGUUCUUGUGCUCUGCCAUAGAGAGUGACGACUUCCGAGAAAGCUGUUUUAGUCAGAACAGAAAGAAUAGUAUCGAUAAGCUCUACCCUACACAGAUUAAGAUAGAACCUUCUCCUUAAGUAACUCUUUAAAUCCAAGCAAUUUUCACCUUGAAAAAGUUUAGAAAUAUAUAUAUUUAACAUCACUUUAAUA